AUGGAGGCUCCACGCGCGGCAGCUUUUCCCGUAACGACACGGCCAGUGCAGGCCUUCAGGGACUCAAAACUCGAGGCAAGGCGCGCGCUGUUGGAAGCGAAGCGUGUCACGUCCUUGAACGACCCGUUGCCGGACAGGCCACGUGGGGAUAGCGACAGUUACCGCCUCGCACAGGAGCGGGCAAUGCAACAAUGGAGGAGAUACUUCAGCGAUGUCGUCCGUGACGUUGAUCCUGACCAGAUUUGGCUUGAUCUUUGUGGCAGAGGCCCCAAGAAACUUGAGGCGAUGAACUACUGCAAGUGGUUCCUCGAAGAUUAUGUCGAGAAUUCCGAGCGACAAACUUUGUCGAUUGAAUCGGAAGACCACUCCGAACGAUCGGUAAAGCGGGAUUUGACGGUCCUACAUUUGUGGAGGACUCUUGUAACGGCAGCCGACAACACCAUUCUUCAUCGAAAAAGGCAGAUCGUCACCGACUAUGAUCCUAGUCUGUGGACCCUGACGUAUACAGACGGCAAAGCGCGGCGUGGAUCGGGCCCAGUUAGCGAUAUUGUAGACUGGAUUGUCGUAGAAUUAUCUGCGACCUACAAUCUCGUUCGGGAGCAAACAUUCGUCAAGGUCGCGGCAACCUCCACAGAUAUCAUCGUACUUUUAACGGCGCUCUGGACGAAGGCGAAGCACAUUCCUUGCAGGCGCCAAAAUCGAGUCGACCUCCACAAAGUAAUCCUGUUGAUGUCUCUGGGCGGGUUCCGACCCGGCACUACCGUCAAACUAAAAUACAAACAAGUUGAGGUAGACUUGGUCCGAGAUCCACAGUCAACUAGGAAGGAGAUGACUCCUCGCUGCAAUGUUACUAUCCAACAAAACAAGCGGAUUCAAAAGAAGGCUCGCACUUCUCAAGAUGAAAAGGUCAAAAUCCCACUGUAUCCUACAAACGACCCACUUGUCUGCCUCUCAACCCUCCUCCUAUCGCAGGCCAUCGCAGAUGAUGCUUUCGCCGCCAGUGACUCGAUAACGUCUCUGGAAGAUUUAGAACGGCCUAGGGAGGCCAAAUACGUUAGACUUCCCUGGAAGGAAGAAAUGCUCGAUCGGGAAAUCAUCCAGAUAGAUUAUGCCACCCUGCUGAGGCUUUGGAAGCGUUUGGUUAAUGUGGCUGGCUGUCGUGACCCGAUGCGCCCGUACUCAAUGCGAGUAGGCGCAGGCGGCCGCCUCGAUAAAGCUCUCAAACCUGCCCAACGAAACUAUAUACUUUCACAUUCCACCUCUGUGUUCAACAAAAACUACCAGCCUAGGGACUUGGGCUAUAACCUGUCAACGAUUGCGUUCCCUAAUUAUGCUGGGGGUGACACAACCGAGAAGCUGUCGGAGCUCAUGCGCAACACGUCUUUCACAUGGAACGAGAAUGCCCCAAUAUACCCUACCCAGGAAGACCUCGAUUCUUUUGAAAGGAACUCUCGCAUCCGCGCUUACCGUGACGAGUAUGCCAAUCUUAAAGAUGACUGCUCUCCAGAGGCUAAAAAGCAGGCCAACCGUGUUCAGUCGCAAAUAAGCAAAUCGAUCGACAUCCUGUGCGCCCGCGCAGUGGAAAGGAGGAGAGAUGAAUUCUGGAAAAAAGUCGAUCGACGUAAUGCAGAGGGCAAGGGAACAGACGAUCUUCAAACCGAACACAUCAACCCUCGGAAGGCCCGGCACCAAGACUCAAUUGUACCAGCCACACAGAUUGGUCAGAUUCUAAGCAAAGAUAAUGUUGGGUCCAACGUUUUUAGCAAUUCACUGGUUGCCUUUCUCAAGUGCAGAGAUUGCGAUAUUGAAACACUACUGGGCGAGGAUGUCGGCUCACAACAGCCCACACAGCUCAAUUCCAGCGGCCUUUCAACUGCCCCAGCUGCAAAAACCAGUGCGUCAUCAACGGUGCUGCAGACUGGGAAUGCCAUGUCAUCACGUUCCAUGGCAAACACAAUGCUCCACGAUGGCCCUCGUCGAAGAAAGCCGCCACGACGACGACGCUAA